AUGGAUACUCAAGGCUCUACCCCGGUCGCAACACCGUCUUCAUCUUCCGAGAAGAUGCAACACCAUGACAAAGGCUCAAUGCAGAGUGGAAAGGAUGGCUCGGUCAAAACACAUGUCGAGUGGAGGCUGGCAGAAGAUGUCAAGGACUUUGACAUGAACAACCAGGCUGGCGUUCGCAGACUUGGUGUUACCUGGCGGGAUCUGUCAGUGGAAGUUGUACCUUCGGACGAGCGGUUACAGGAGAACAUCAUCAGUCAAUUCAACGUCCCACAACUCAUCAAGGAUGCACGACGGAAACCGGCUCUGAAACCUAUACUCGAAUCUACCUCUGGCUGCGUCCGUCCGGGUGAGAUGCUCCUCGUCCUAGGUCGACCAGGAUCCGGCUGCUCAACUCUGCUCAAGAUGCUAGCCAACAAGCGAAACGGAUACGCAAAAGUUAAUGGCGACGUUCACUUUGGGUCUCUAGACGCAAAGCAGGCCGAGCAAUAUCGCGGCAGUAUCGUCAUCAACAACGAAGAAGAGCUGUUUUACCCAACACUCACCGUAGGGGAGACCAUGGAUUUCGCGACUCGCCUCAACACACCCGAGACCAUUCAAGACGGAAGAAGUCAAGAAGAAGCCCGAAACAAAUUCAAAGGCUUCCUCCUCAACUCGAUGGGCAUAUCACACACUGAAAACACCAAAGUGGGUGACGCCUACGUACGAGGCGUCUCAGGCGGCGAGCGAAAACGAGUUUCCAUCAUCGAGACACUUGCGACCCGUCCAAGCAUCGCAUGCUGGGAUAACUCGACGCGAGGUCUAGACGCAUCUACUGCUUUGGAGUACACACGCGCGCUACGUUGCCUAACAGAUACCAUGGGCAUGGCGACUAUUGUCACUCUUUACCAGGCUGGUAAUGGUAUCUACGACCUGUUCGACAAGGUGUUGGUCCUAGACGAGGGCAAGCAAAUAUACUACGGCCCCCGCGAGGAAGCACGCCCAUUCAUGGAGUCUCUUGGCUUCAUCUGCGGAGACGGAGCCAACGUCGCCGAUUACCUCACAGGUGUCACAGUACCCAGCGAGCGCGAGAUCAAGCCGUAUUUCGAGGACAAGUUUCCUCGUACCGCAGCUGAGAUCCAGCAAGCCUACCAACAGUCCAAGAUCAAGGCCGCCAUGGACCGGGAGCUCGAUUACCCCGUCUCUAGCGAGGCCAAGACGAACACACAAGCCUUUUGCCAGGCUGUCGAUUCCGAGAAGUCGCGUCGCUUGCCGAAAUCCUCACCCAUGACUGUUUCAUUCCCUGCUCAAGUCAAGGCUUGUGUUAUCCGUCAAUACCAGAUUCUCUGGAACGACAAGCCUACCCUGCUCAUCAAGCAAGCCACCAACAUCGUCCAAGCCUUGAUCACUGGUUCGCUCUUCUACAACGCACCCGACAAUUCCGCUGGACUGUUCCUCAAGUCUGGAGCCUUGUUCCUCUCGCUUCUGUUCAACGCCCUAUUCACACUGUCCGAAGUCAACGACUCCUUCACCGGCCGUCCGAUUCUCGCAAAGCAAAAGAACUUUGCUUUCUUCAACCCCGCGGCAUUCUGCAUCGCUCAGGUUGCGGCAGACAUACCUAUAUUGCUCUUCCAGAUCACCAGCUUUACGCUCAUUCUAUACUGGAUGACUGCCCUGAAAGCGACUGCUGCUGCAUUUUUCAUCAACUGGUUCGUCGUCUAUGUUGUCACUCUCGUCAUGACUGCCAUGAUGAGGACUAUCGGCGCUGGGUUCCCGACUUUCAACGAAGCCUCCAAGAUCUCUGGUUUUGCCAUUACUGCGACAAUCGUAUACAUGGGCUACGAGAUCCCCAAGCCCGCUAUGCACCCUUGGCUCGUGUGGAUGUACUGGAUCAACCCAUUGGCAUAUGGCUUUGAAUCUCUCAUGGCGAACGAGUACGAGGGAACGACCAUCCCAUGUGUCUACGACAACCUCAUCCCCAACUACCUCCCUCAAUACCAGGACCCCAACUCUCAAGCCUGCGCUGGAAUCGGUGGUGCAAGGCCUGGUGCAAACAAGGUCAGCGGAGAGGAUUAUCUAGCCAGUCUUUCCUACUCGCCAUCUAAUAUCUGGCGCAAUGUUGGUAUCCUUUUCGCAUGGUGGGCUUUCUUCGUUGCCCUCACCAUCUUCUUCACCUGUCGCUGGGAUGACACUUCAGCCUCAAGUACCGCAUAUGUUCCCCGGGAGAAGAGCAAGAAGGUUGCAAAACUUCGCGCGUCUCGGGCUCAAGAUGAAGAAGCUCAGUUAGGCGAGAAGCUGUCAUCGAACAACGCCACUUUGGGAGCAUCGGGCGAGACAAAGACUGGUCUCGAGAAGAGUCUUAUCCGCAACACCUCCAUCUUCACAUGGCGCAACCUGACCUACACUGUCAAGACCCCCACUGGCGACCGAACUCUACUCGACAACGUCCACGGUUAUGUCAAACCCGGUAUGCUAGGUGCCCUCAUGGGCUCUUCCGGUGCCGGCAAAACCACUCUUUUGGAUGUCCUCGCUCAACGCAAAACACAAGGUACGAUCAAGGGCGAGGUCCUAGUCGACGGGCGACCACUACCAGUCUCAUUCCAGCGAUCCGCAGGUUACUGCGAGCAGCUUGAUGUCCAUGAUGCCUACUCCACUGUACGAGAAGCUCUCGAGUUCUCCGCGCUUCUUCGACAAGGUCGUGACGUGUCAAAGGAGGAGAAGCUCGCCUAUGUCGACACUAUUAUCGACCUUUUAGAACUACACGAUCUCGAGAACACUCUCAUUGGUAAAGUCGGAGCUGGUCUUUCAGUUGAACAGCGAAAGCGCGUCACCAUUGGUGUCGAACUCGUGUCCAAGCCCUCUAUUCUCAUCUUUCUCGACGAGCCCACAUCAGGUCUUGACGGCCAAGCAGCCUUCAACACAGUCCGAUUUCUCAGGAAGCUCGCCGACAUUGGCCAAGCAGUUCUCGUUACCAUUCACCAGCCCUCUGCCCUCCUGUUCGCCCAGUUCGACACGCUUCUUCUCCUUGCCAAAGGCGGCAAGACGGUCUACUUUGGCGACAUCGGCGAUAACGCAGAGACUAUCAAGGAAUACUUUGGCCGCUACGAUUGUCCCUGCCCACCAGGCGCUAACCCAGCUGAACACAUGAUCGAUGUUGUCAGCGGCUACGACCCUGCUGGACGCGACUGGCACCAAGUCUGGCUCGACUCUCCCGAAUCAGCCGCCCUGAACCAGCACCUCGACGAGAUCAUCUCCGACGCAGCUAGCAAGGAGCCAGGCACCAAGGAUGACGGCCACGAGUUCGCCACCACCUUCUGGACACAAGCAAGGCUAGUCACCAACCGCAUGAACAUCAGUUUCUUCCGCGACCUCGACUACUUCAACAACAAGUUGAUUCUGCACAUCGGCGUCGCCUUCUUCAUUGGUCUCACCUUCUUCCAAAUCGGCAACUCGGUCGCGGAGCAAAAGUACGUUUUGUUCUCGCUCUUCCAGUACAUCUUCGUCGCACCUGGUGUUAUUGCCCAGCUGCAGCCCAUCUUCCUCGAGCGCCGCGACAUCUACGAAGCAAGAGAGAAGAAGUCGAAGAUGUACUCUUGGCAGUCGUUUGUUACGGCACUUAUUACAUCUGAGAUGCCGUAUCUGCUCAUCUGCGGUACUUUGUACUUCCUCAUCUUUUACUUUAUUGCUGGCCUACCUGCUGAAGCCAGCAAAGCCGGUGCUGUGUUCUUCGUCUUUUUGGUUUACCAGUUCAUCUACACUGGCUUCGGACAGUUCGUUGCUGCAUAUGCUCCCAACGCUGUGUUCGCUUCUCUGGUUAACCCGCUCCUCCUCUCUACCCUCUGCUGCUUCUGCGGUGUACUCGUCCCGUACGCACAGAUCCAGGAUUUCUGGAGGUACUGGCUUUACUACCUCAACCCUUUCAACUACCUGAUGGGCUCCCUCCUUAUCUUCACAGACUUUGACUGGAAGAUCGAGUGCAGAGAGUCUGAGUUCGCCCUGUUCGAUCCCCCGGCUGCCAACGGCAACCAGACCUGCGCGCAAUACCUGGAAGCUUGGCUCAGUGGACCUGGUAGUCGCACCAACCUUGUCAACCCUGAUGCCACUUCUGGAUGCAAGGUCUGCCAGUACACUGUCGGACGAGACUACCUCGCCACCGUCAACCUGGGUGAGCGAUACCUCGGAUGGAGAGAUGCGGGCAUUUGCGUCAUCUUUGCGUUUUCCGGAUACGCACUGGUGUUCUUGUUUAUGAAGUUGAGGACUAAGCAGAGUAAGAAGGCUGAGAAGUAA